AGUUACAUGAGGUCUAUGUCGAAAGAUGAAUUAGAAUUAACAUAAUGAUACCAUAUGAAGGAGAUUAAAAAGAUCCUCCAGGGUCUAGCCAGCCUGAAGAUCGUCAGCGCGGAUAUCGUCGAGGUCGCACCAGGUAAGUGCCUGUCUGUAAUGAAAUUAUCUUUGGCUAUGGGUGAUCACUUACAAUUCAUUUUUUCAGACGAAAUCACACAGAUUACCACUGCGAACAUCAGAUCGGAGAUACUCCCUUUAAUGGCGAAGAGUCCGCUGGUUGCCUAAAGUCAACAGACUGUCCGCUAGAAAUAUUCUCGAGCAGUAUAUUAAGAAGACGUCCAGUAGCGUUGGUCCCACGAGCUCUGUGA